CAGCAUCUCUGGGGGUCUGAGGGCCCCGGGUCUGGCCCCAGCUGGGGACUCUGCUGUGAUCUCACCCAGGCUACCGCCCUUGUGGGUUCGCCCCUCAGUGGACCCGGCCGGGGAUGGUCAGAGUUUCGUGCACAGUGCACUCGGGUGGCCGGGAAACAGGCUGGGAACCUCUCACCCUGUGCUCACAACCCAGCGAUUUCAUGACGGAGUCUUCUCCGUCCAAAAGGUCUGUCUGGGAGAAGAAGAUGGAUUCUCAGGGUUCCAAAUGGCAAAUAUGGAAUCAUUAUUUUCUCACCACCCAUGAACCCAACCUUUCAAAGGAGACUCCUCAGGGGGCGUUGUCUCAUGACUCUGAUCUGGAAGCCCUUCCAUUCUCUCCCAAAUCCCCCCGCCCCCCAUUUCCUGUGACCUGAGGAGGGACUCUAUUCUAAGGCAAACGGACUAUGCUCAGGACAUAUGGGAACAAUCCUUUUGUCUGUUAACCCUUCAGUGAAAGACACAUCACAACAUCACAAUGACUAAAGUACCCAACAAGUGUCACUCAUACCAGGAAAUAUAGGGACUCCGCAGAUGAGUGAAGGAGAUACUUAUGAAUAAGGCAGACGAGAAGUAUUUUUAUCCUUCUUAGAACAGCAUUAGAGAAGCUGCUUUCUCAAGUUUGAUAAAAUAAAAACUAAAAUCAGGCUCAUAUAAUUUAAAAAUCAGAAUGUACAUUAUGUUUCUUUGCCUGAAACUCUCACCUAAGCUAGAUCCUCCUACUAUCCCUGUCUGAUGUUGUCAUAAUCUCUGCUUGCUCGCUGCUUGCCACUCUCUGCUCACACCUGGUCCCAUUUUGGAGGAGAUGAGGCAGAAUUUUCCUUUUGGAGGAGAAAUCUGCCUCCAUUCCCUAUUCUCUGACUUUUGCCUGCUCUGAGAUUGACACAUACCACAUUCCUUCAGCUAUGGGUGCUUCCCCCAGUCUUUUCUGAUGCUUUACCAUCCUGUUACUAUUUUGUCUACGACUCAUUUAUAGCUUUUCUGUCAAUAUCAUUUCUGACUUGCCUCUGGACAUGUUCUUUUUUAAGAUUUUAUUUAUUUGUUUUGUUUUAGAGAGAGCAUGCGCCCAGGCAGGGGUGGGAGGAUGAGGGAGAGAAUCUCAAGCAGACACCGCACUGAGUACCGAGUCAGGCAAGGGGCUUGAUCUCAAGACCCUGAGAUCAUGACCUGAGCCAAAAUCAAGAGUCGGACCCUUAACCAACUGAGCCACCCAGGCGGCCCUGGACACUCUCUUAUCUGUUAAUAUCUGCCUAAAAAUCUAUCCCUCAGGGGGAACGUAUGUCUCCCCCUGCAGUCUGACCACUCAGAAGAUGGCUCAGGAGAACCACCUGGGCUGCAUCUCAGCUAAUGUAACCUGAGGUUCACUGGCAUUUUGUGUCAGCCACAUUGCUCCAUUUGGCUCUCACUUAAUCAAGUCGAAACAUCAGAUUGUUUUAAACUGAAAUGCUUCAAUUCAGAGCAACUCCUUCCUCCUGCAAUUUUAUUUUUGAAUAAUCUUAAAAAAAAGGAAAAAAAAAAACAUGCACUCAAGGUUUUGCAAUACAAUUCUCUGUGUUGAUUUUAAGGCAGGCUUCCAGCCUGUCAACAUCAGUUUAUGUCCUGACUGUGGAUGGUAACAUUGUAUGUGGUGUUCCAAGAGGCUUGUGGACCUGUUUAGAAUAAUCUCUUUUACCCCCUGUGGAAUCAAGAAUAUGCAGGCCAAGGAGCACCCGCCCUUUUUUUAAUCUUUAGCUCUGUGGCAAUCUGGUGACCUUGGGCAGGUCAUUUGAUGUCCAAUUUCCUAAUAUGCAAAUAGACAUUUCAACACCUAUUUUGAUCACAUCACAGGGAAUUUAGAAGGACAAUUAGAAUCAGGGACAGGAAAGAACUUUGAAGGUUACAGAUGGCUGCAGAGAGGAUGCUUCCGAUGAUGAAGCCCAUUGUCAACAUCCUCACCUCUAUCAUGGUCUUUAUCACAUGAAUUGAUUGAUUCCAGCAUAUUUUCUGAGGUUCCCAAACCUCAGAAAAUGUCAUCCAAAGUACAAAAGAUGUCAGAGAAUUUGAGCAGUUUUAGCAGAAGCCGGAUAAUUGACCAGAGGCUAGGACAGCCCAUGGAAAAGGGUGAGGAGAAUGCUCUUCUCAGCGCUUAAGGAAAGGAGGGAGCGGAGGAAAGGAAGAAAGGAAACAAAGGAAAGAAGUUGUCUUAAUAUAUUCUGAUAACCUGGAAGUGGAUGGUGUCCCCCAAGGAGGGCCAAAAAAAUCCACUGCAUGAAUGGAAGAAGGAGCAAAAGUUAUUUCAUUAUAACAGAAGCAACCCGAAUAACAAAUAAACUAAGAAAAACAUUUUUGAUUCAAUGGUAAUUAGUAAAAUGCAAGUUUAAACCAAUUCAGAUGUCCUUACUUACGCCCUUAAGAGUAGCAAAAAAUUAAGUCUAAUGUCACCAAGUUCAAGUGCAGGUUUGGGAAUUCUCAUCUGUGGCCGGUGCCAGUGGGAGUUCGCCCAACCAUCCUGGGGUCAUACUUGGCAAUAUCUAGUCAGGGGGCAGCUGUCUGUCCCAGGUAAUUUGUUGCAUGUGUGCGCCGGGGGACAGAAAUGGGAUUAUUCUGCAGCAUUGUUUGUAGAAGCAAGCAUGUAGUUUGAAACAGCUUAAACGUUUGCUAAGAAAUAAUUGAGGGGCACCUGGGUGGCUCUGUCCAUUAAGCGUCCGACUCUUGAUUUCGGCUCAGGGCAUGAUCUCAGGGUUGUGGGAUCGAGCCCCAGGUAGGGCUCCACGCUCAGUGUGGAGUCUGCUUGAGAUUCUCUCCCUCUGCCCCUCUCCCCACUCCUGCUCUCUCUAAAUAAAUAAAUAAAAUCUUUGCAAAAAUUGAUAAAAUGUUACAUACAUAACAUCAUUUAUGUAAAAAGUUGCAAAUAGAAAACCGUGCUAUACAUUAUCUAUAAAGACAUGUGUAUGUAGAAGUAUAAAUAGACAAACGAGAAUGAUCCAUAAAAUCCUCAGAAUAUUGGUUCCCUCUGAAGGACAGAGGGAGGGGGACUGAGACUGGGGAGCCGGAAAAUGUAAAUGGAGCUCUAUGUGUAAUGUUUCCACUUCUCGAUCAAACAGAACAGCUGCAGCAGAUGCUGAAAUAUUUACAUUCGUUCAUGGCAAAUGGUGGCCAUUUGUUGUAUAACUUUGUGGACUUCACCACUUAAGGUGGUUUCAUAACCACAUCACCUUUAAAACUGAAUAAAUACAGUACAGCCUCAGAGCUCAUCUUAAUUACGGUUGCGUGUCUCGUGCACACUUGCCUCUUCUAACCCCAAGAAGAAGGACCCAAUAUCCUGCCUCAUUCCAAUGAAACUUUUAUGCCAAUGGUUGGGUCGAUUUCUGGUUAAAUCUGCUGGGAUACAAAAAUGAUGAUAUUGGGAGACCAGGACCUCAGAGCCCACCAGGAAAGAAACUGGAUUAAAAUCUGAGCAGGCGAUGAGGAUGAGGUAUCUUGAAUUUGUCCUGAAUGUUGAUUCUUUCCCUUCAGUUAUGGCACCACCUUCUCUCCACCAACUCCCUGAUGGGGGGUGGGGUGGGGGUUGGAAGGGGUAAGGAAGGUGUCAGUGCUCGGCUCUCUAGCACUCUUUCCUCUGCUGUCAGUCCCUGAAGGAAUCCUUGUCCCCGCUCUGCCCUCCCACUGGAAGGAAACUUGUGCUUUCCUCUUUGCCCCUGGAAUAUCCAUCUGACACAGCUUCUGGGACUGGAAAUUCUCAGUACUUCAGACAAACCAAUGUCAUUUACAGCAAGGCAGUUUUUUUUUUUCUAUGUUCUAGCAAGUUCACCUACUUUGAUUGCAAACGCUAAUCAUAAUGUGCCACUCCUGGUUCCACAGAAGAAUGGUUUUUUUUCAUUUCAUUUCAAGUUGGAGGGAGAGAAUCAACUGAUCUGUUUUAAAAUAUUUCCUGGGCGCCUGGGUGGCUCAGUUGGUUAAGCGACUGCCUUCGGCUCAGGUCAUGAUCCUGGAGUCCUGGGAUCGAGUCCCGCAUCGGGCUCCCUGCUUGGCAGGGAGUCUGCUUUGUCCUCUGCCCGUAUCCCCUCUCAUGUGUUCUCUCUGUCUCAAAUAAAUAAAUAAAAUCUUUAAAAAAAUAAAAUAAAAUAAAAUAAAAUAAAAUAUUUCCUAAUUUCCUGUAAGUUGCAAAAAAAAAAAAAAGCAACAAGUGCAUUGCGUUAACAUAAGCUAACUUCGCCUGGGGUUUGCCUAAAGUUAGUCAUAGGUAUUUGAAAGUAUAAUAUGAGUUCAAAAACUAGCAAUGAAAAUGGCUCAUCCUAGGAUAAUUAUUCUUAGAUGUCUGCAUUAAAAGUGUUCUCAGGCUUUAGCAACUCCUAUAUGGACACUUGCUUUUAUUCCUUUCCUGUUUUCUAUUCCAGAAGAGGAUGGAAGGGCUUCAGAGGGGCAGAUACGGAACGAUGGCUGAAGGCAGAGAGGAAGAUAACUGGUCUGCAACAUCCACCUCACUGAGGAUCGUCCUGGUGGGCAAGACAGGCACUGGGAAAAGUGCCACAGGGAACAGCAUUCUCCGCCAGCCAGUGUUUGAGUCCAGGCUGGGGAGCCAGCCUGUGACCAAAACGUGCCAGGGCGAGACAGGGACCUGGAACGGAAGGAACAUCCUGGUGGUUGACACGCCCUCCAUCUUUGAGGCAGAGGCUCAGACCCAGGAGAUGUACAAGGACAUCGGGGACUGCUACCUGCUCUCUGCCCCGGGGCCCCACGUAGUGCUGCUGGUGACCCAGCUGGGGCGCUUCACUGCCCAGGACACGGUGGCCGUGAGGAGGGUGAAGGAGGUCUUCGGGGCGGGAGUCAUGAAGCACGUGGUGGUCCUCUUCACCCACAAGGAGGACUUGGACGGCGAGUCCUUGCACGAUUACAUCGCACACACGGACAACCAGAGCCUGAGGAGCCUGGUGGGGGAGUGUGGGAGGAGGUACUGCAGCUUCAACAACUCGGCCACCGGGGAGGAGCAGAAGGCGCAGCUGGCCGAGCUGAUGGCUGUGGUGGAGAGGCUGGAGAGGGCGAACGAGGGCGCCUUCCACAGCAACGACCUCUUCUUUGAAGCCCAGAGGCUGCGGCAAAGGGGGGGCGGCGCCUGCGGGGAAGGGCACAGACGCUACCUGGACAGGGUGCGGGCGCAGCUGGGAAAGCAAAGGCGACACCUGAGAGACCCCAGGAGCAACCGGGCCUGCGGGGCGCUCCUCAGAGUCACAAGAUGGAUGUUUUCUUGCGGUGGGAUAGCUGUUGUCCUCAGUAUAUGCGUUUUGAUUUUUCUUGCCGCUUUAAUUAACUUGAGUAUUACUCAUGGACACUGAGCAUUUGCAGUGAUUUCUGCAAUCAGCUGACUUAUGUUGUCAGAGUCGCCAUCUCUGUGUCAGAUUCUCUGUUUUUUACAUGAUUUCACGUUCUUUUGCUCUUCGUCACAUCAGACAUACUGUCCAUUUUCUUCAAGUGCUCUUAGGUCAAUAAAAUCCAAAGGAAAAAUUAUUUUUCUGUUUUUGUUUUGUUAAAAAUUGUGACGGUACAUGAGAAACUAACUGUCCGGAAAUGUUUGGGGACGUGCUGGGAGGCAGGUGGUGGGUGGUGAAGCUGUGGGGAUGUCCCACCUCUG